AUGCUGAUUCUGCACCUCCUCGGAAGAUCCUCGCUUCGGUCGGGUCUGACGCGGCUUCAGCAGAGGUCCUUCUGGGGGACCCGGAGCGGCCGGUGCCCGGAGACACCGUGGUGGUCAGACAUGAUCCGGAGCCGGACUCAAAUCAAGCGGGUCCUCUGUGUGGCUGAGAAGAACGAUGCAGCCAAAGGGAUCUCAGAGAUCAUGUCCAGCGGCAGAGCCAGGAGGAGGGAAGGAAUGUCAAAGUUUAAUAAAAUUUAUGAGUUUGAGUAUCAUCUCUUUGGCCAGAAUGUGACAGUAACAACGACAUCAGUGUCAGGACAUUUACUUGCUUUGGAGUUUAAGGCACCUUUCCAGAAAUGGCACAGCUGCAAUCCUGUGUUGCUGUUUGACAUAGAGGUUGAGAAGUAUUGUCCAGAUAAUAUGAUACAAAUCAAGCGAACUCUGGAGAAGGAAGUGAGGCAAUGUCAGGCCCUGAUCAUCUGGACUGAUUGUGACAGGGAGGGGGAAAACAUUGGCUUUGAGAUUAUCGAUGUUUGCAGAGCAGUGAAGCCCAAUUUGCAAGUCUUUCGGGCAAAGUUUUCUGAGAUCACUCCUAACACGAUUCGGAGAGCUUGUGAGAUGCUAGCAGAGCCUGAUUCUAACAUCAGCGAUGCUGUUGAAGUUCGCCAGGAGCUGGAUUUACGAAUUGGAGCAUCCUUCACUCGAUUCCAGACACUUCGUCUGCAGAAGAUCUUCCCAGAAUCCCUUGCCAAUCAGCUGAUCUCAUACGGCAGCUGUCAGUUUCCCACUCUGGGCUUUGUGGUGGAGCGCUUCAAAGCCAUUCAGGCCUUCAUUCCUGAGAUUUUCUACAAGAUCAAAGUGCUUCAUGAAGUUGAGGAGGACACUGUGGAGUUCAGCUGGAAGAGAAACCGUCUCUUUAAUCACACAGCUUGCCUGGUGCUCUACCAGAUCUGCAUGGAGGAUCCCAUAGCAACAGUCACCUCAGUAACCAGCAAACCCAAGAGCAAAUGGAGACCUCUGCCUUUGGACACUGUGGAACUGGAGAAACUGGCAUCUCGGAAGCUCAGAAUAAACGCCAAAGAGACCAUGAAAAUUGCUGAAAAACUUUACACACAAGGGUUUAUCAGCUAUCCUCGCACAGAAACAAACAUUUUUCCUGCCACCCUCUCCCUUGCCCCCCUGGUGGAACAGCAAACACAGAGCUCAGAGUGGGGGACUUUUGCCCAGCGAGUGCUGGACCAGCCGGGGGGACCCAAUCCACGACAGGGCCGAAGCUCUGACCAAGCUCACCCUCCCAUCCACCCCACCAAGUACACCAACACACUGCAGGGUAAUGAAGCACAAGUGUAUGAGUUCAUUGUCCGGCACUUCCUGGCCUGUGUAUCCCAGGAUGCUUUGGGGCAGGAAACUGUGGUGGACAUCGACAUCGCUCAAGAGAAGUUCUCCGCCUCUGGUCUCAUGAUUAUUGCGAGGAAUUAUCUGGAUGUUUACCCUUACGACAGGUGGAGCACAAAGCUGAUCCCGGUGUUCGAACAAAACUCCCAGUUUCAGCCCUCUGCCAUCGAGAUGGUGGAUGGACAGACAAGUCCACCGCAGCUGCUCACUGAAGCAGACCUCAUAUCACUGAUGCAAAAGCACGGCAUUGGCACAGAUGCCACGCAUGCAGACCACAUCGAGACCAUCAAGAGUCGUUUGUAUGUGAGUUUGACGGCAGACCAGAGGUUUGUUCCUGGAGAGCUUGGUAUGGGACUAGUGGAAGGUUACAACUCCAUGGGCUACGAGAUGUCAAAACCAAACCUUCGUGCUGAGCUGGAGGCCGACCUCAAACUGGUGUCAGAGGGCAAGAAGGACAAACAGAGUGUACUGCAGCUUCACAUCCAGAAAUACAAGACUGUCUUCAUCGAGUCUGUCAAGAAGGCCAAAAAGUUAGACGAAGCCCUGGCUCCAUAUCUGGGUGCAGCUCAAGAGAUCAGUGAAGAGGAACAGCAGGACAUGGAGAUCCCUCUGCCGGUGAGGAAGUGUCCGAACUGCGGUCGGGACAUGGUGUUGAAAAAAAAGAGGGAGGGAAACAGUAAGUUUCUGACAUGCAUGGGAUACCCAGCCUGUAAGACGGCCGUUUGGUUUCCUGACACGGUGCUUGAGGUCAACAGGGAUGAAAGUGUUUGUCCCACAUGUCAGCCAAGCCCUGUUCACAUGUUGAAGUUCAAGUUCCGCAGAGGUGGCCUUCCUCCCAUGAUGCCUCUGGAAUUUGUCGGAUGUAUUGGUGGUUGUGAUGAGACACUCAGAGAGGUGCUGGACCUGAAAUACCUCAGAACACGAGGAGGAGGAGAUGACCUUCCAGCUCUGAGGCCUCCUAGAGCAGAGCCACCCAGAGCCCCAAGUUCCCAUCCUCGGCCCUCUCUUCCUCCUGUCCCUUCCUGGACCUUGCAACCAAGACCUCCUCCAGGUGGUGGAGGAGUGUGUGUCGACAACAGCAGUGACGCGAUCGUGUGCAACUGUGGUCAGGACGCACUCCUUCUGACUGUGCGGAAAGAUGGACCCAAUCAGGGUCGCCAGUUCUACAAGUGCAACUCUGGGAGUUGCAACUUCUUCCUGUGGGCAGAUCAGCCGAGUCAACAGGGGGUGCCGGAGAGGCGAGAGCCCUUACGGCCAGCACAGAGGACCCCUCAGCCUAUGAGGCCAUCUCAGGGGUUUGGAAACAUGUCCAGAGGUGGCAGAGAGCAAGAAGCGAGUGCAGCGGGACACGCAAUGUGCAACUGCAACGAGACUGCAGUGACACGCACUGUGCAGAAGGACGGGCCAAACAAGGGCCGCACGUUCGACACCUGCGGGAAACCACGGGAUCAGCAGUGUGGCUUCUUUCAGUGGACCGAUGAGAACGUAUCUACACCAGGUGGUUUUAAUGCUGCUGGAGAUAGAGGGAAGAAGGGGAGGAAGACAGCAGCAGAUGGUUCAGCCAACGGACUCCCCGCUGCUAAAAAACCUCGAACCUGCAGCAUCUGCCGCACCCCGGGACACACCCGAGCCACCUGUCCUCAGCGGUGACCUCUGUCUGCGGCUGAACUGAGCUCAGUCUGGUUUUCAAACGCACGCCGU